AUGGGAAACUGCUGUGGUUCAGAGAGUCAAGAAGCUGAAAGCCAUCAAAUUAAACCCAUCAAGAACACCAACAAAGCAAAGGGUGCAGGACAGACAUUAGGUGGCGGUGGUGGUGCAUCUGCUUCGCCAUCCAACAUUGAUAGUGAGGGAUCCAGAGAAGCUAUGCUGAGCGCAGCCGAGAAAAGAAGAGUUCAGGCUGAGAAUCGAGGCGUAAAAGAAGGUGGAAAGCUAAGCAAACAGUUGGCUGAUGAAAAGAAGCAAAAGAAUCAGCCUGUAUCGCCAAGGAAUGGAGCGGAUGAUCGGCUUGUUUGGGAUUAA